AUGAAAACGUCGGUUUCAUUCAUACUUUUAUUUUUACUUUCUAUUAGCAUUGAUUCUAUAAUAGUUGAUGCAGAGUGUUGGGAACGUCCAAAUCCACUUAAGCCGUUCGAGAAAAAAAUCUCUUCAGUAUGUGGUUUGCAAAAAAAGACAAAAGGCAAACUGACGGCAGAUGUAGGCAAAGAAUCACAAAAAGAUGAAAUCAAUUCCUUGGCUGCAAAAGAAGCAUUUAAAUUCGAUUUCUCUUGCGGAGUUCCGGAUAAAGUUUUAUGUACUAAAGCGGAAAAUGCUUUUAAGGCGGCAGGGGAAAUAAUAGCCAACGUAAUCAUACUAGUUACCCCAAUAACGGUUAAUGCCACUUUUACCGAUUUUUGUAAAGCUCUUAAUGAAUGUGAUGGUACGAUCCUUGGAGCGGCGAGCGCGGCAAGGACGAUCCCUUUGCUAGAUGAUGAUAAGGUGGUUAGACAAUAUCCUCAGGCGUUGGCAAAACAAUUUUUGUUGGAUCCAACACCAAAGUGGGGACCCUUUGACAUUCAAGCUUUCUUUAAUGCUCAAGCCGACUUGUUCUUUAAAGGAGACGGUGUGAUUAAAAAAAAUCAAUUCGAUUUCGAAUAUAUCAUUUUACAUGAACUCAUUCAUGGACUUGGUUUUGCCUCCGCUUGGAACAAUUACUUUUCUGAACAACCCGUUGCCUUGACCCCUGAUCCCAAUUUUCUUGAAUCGAUAACAGAUUUAAAUCAACCCGUAAAAUUCACGGGAUUUGAAGAAACAGCGUUUGAUAAAUAUAUGAUAAACACAAGAGAUAAGGGAGCUCCAAAAAGGAUGACGGAAUUUACAAAUGAAAUAAAUAGUUUUGCAGAGAUUGGAACCGAUUUUCCAUCCGUACAAGCUUUAUUAAACACGUUCGCAGAUUCUAAACAAUUUCAAACGUCAAGUCAAUUGAUCCUUGAUGGUCAAACUCCAAAGACGAUGGCUUUUCAACCUCGUAAUGUUAGUUCAAAUGAUAUGGUUUUUUUGGAGACGAAUCUAAAACCCUUUCGAGUGGGUUCAUCAAUUUCUCAUGUGGAUAUAAAGUCUUUUAAUAAUGAUCCAGAUUUUUUGGAGGUUUUUAACGCAAAACCGGGUCAAACCUUGGAGCAAGUACUUAAGGCUACUGGUGGAAAAUAUCCUAUUGGUCCAAAAUUAAAAAGUGUAUUAGAGACCUUGGGAUACGCCACGAAAGAGAAUCCAAAUCCUUAUAGACCAACAUUAUCGAACGAUUCUAUGAGUACUCCAAGUAAUCUUCCUAUUGGAAAGGCUACGAAUGAUCAAUCCACCUCUUCCGCCACAUCAUUGACAUUUAGCUUUAAUAUUCUAUCUUUAUUAGUCAUCUUAGCCGCCACUUUAUCAUUUUAG